AUGGAGCUAAAGAAUCAUUCUUUUAUAAAUGAGUUCAUUUUGUUAGGACUCACCAAUUCUUGGGAGCUUGAGAUUUUCUUUUUUGUGAUAUUCUUCCUGGCCUAUACAUCAAUUUUGGCUGGAAACAGUCUCAUUAUACUGAUGGUGACAUUUGACUCUCGCUUGAAUUCCAGCCCCAUGUACUUUCUUCUUGCCAAUCUGUCCUUCCUUGACAUGACCCUUUCCACUGUUACUGUCCCCAAGAUGAUCACAGACUUCUUCAGGGAGAGAAAAACCAUCUCCUUGUGGGGUUGCAUGGCACAGAUAUUUUUGGUUCACCUCUUAGGGGGCAGUGAAAUGGUUCUUCUCAUAGUCAUGGCUAUUGACCGUUAUAUUGCAAUAUGUAAACCCCUCCACUAUACAACUAUCAUGAAUUGGCGAAUCUUGGUAGGCAGUGUGCUGCUUUCAUGGGUUGUUGGCUUUGUGCACACCAUGAGCCAAAUGGCCUUUGCUGUAACGCUGCCUUUUUGUGGUCCUAAUGUGAUUGAUGAUGUUUUUUGUGACCUUCCCCUGGUGAUAAACCUUGCCUGUACUGACACAUAUGUCCUAGACCUUCUUGUGAUUGCUGACAGUGGGUUGCUCUCACUGAUUUCUUUUGUCCUUUUGUUGAUCUCUUAUAUUAUUAUCUUGGUCACUGUCCAACGUCGUUCCUCAAGUGGUCUCUCUAAGGCUCUGUCCACACUGUCUGCUCACAUCACAGUGGUUUUUCUCUUUUUUGGGCCAAGUAUUUUAAUUUAUGCUUGGCCAGUUAGUAGCUAUGCAUUGGACAAAUUUCUCUCAGUAUUUUUCUCUGCUGUCACGCCCCUUUUAAAUCCGAUUAUCUACAGCCUGAGGAAUCAAGAGAUGAAGACAGCCAUGAUGAGACUGAGGAGCCGGCACAUCAGUUCUAGGCCUACCCUCUAG